AUGAAUCUCACCGCCGUGCUCUGUAUCGUGGCUUUGUUACCACUGCAAGGGGAUUUUCAAGAGGUUCACACUGAAAGUGUCACUGUGGAGGAUGGGCAGGAUUUAAGCCUACAGUGUGAUUUCACCGGAGACCACGAAUCUGCCUUGGAGUGGUCAAACCCUCGGGGGUUUGUUAUUUUUCUAAAAAGCCACCGAGGUUUAAAAGAUCAGAGAUACAAGCUUAUCCACUAUUCAAAAAAUAAAUUAUCUAUCAGCCUCUCUAAUGUCACAGUACAGGAUGAAGGCACAUACACAUGCUUCUACUAUGACACACCAGUCAAAACCAAGAAAGUGAAUGUUACUGUCUUAGCUGCUCCCUCCAAGCCACAGUUGGAAGUAUCAGAUAUUAGAACCAAUGGCAAAGAAGAAAAGAUUGUACUAAGAUGCUUCACCCAGGGAAGUAAGCCCCCUCCUCAGAUUACAUGGCUGCUAAAUAAUGGGCUGGAAGUCUAUGGUGACAUCAAACACCAGUUUGAACACGAUGGAAAGAAAUGCAACACAACCAGCAGUCUCGUAGUUCAUGCAUACAACCGAGAUUCAACAGCCAGUUGUGUCAUUCGUCAUGAAACCCUACGUGGAGAAAGAUUGACCGUAUCUUUCCCGUUUGAAAAUUUCAUGACUACUACAGGCUCAGCUCCAAAUGUGUUAGAAAUAAGCACGAGGACCUCUGAGCAUCCUCAGGAUUAUAUGGAAUCCACAGAAGCUACCCCGCAAUCUAUAAUACAGACAUCACCUGGGAGCAUAUCUCUAGCAACAAGUACCCAACAGGAAGUUUUUUCUUCUCAGACAACUGUUGGAUCCAGCCAACCAAACUUUCCUACCACUGUACCUGAGAAGCCAUCUAGUACCAGCUUACCAGCAAUACCUACCCAGCAGAGGGAACUACCAGCCAACAUAACUAUUUGGUCAGAAGUAACACUAACAGUAAAUGAGGAAAAUUCUAGUACAGAAGCACCAGCAACAAGUAGUGAACCAGCCACUCAGAAUGCGAACAGCACCAUUGAGCCAGAAAGAACUUUGAACAUCACAGAAGAAACAUCUGUUACAGAUGUACCAGCAAUAAGCAAUGAACAAUCAACUCAAAACUCCAACAUCACCACUGGAUCUGAAACGACAUUAAAUGUGACCGUUGCAGAAGAAACCUCUGGGACAGAAGAACCAUCAAUAAGCCAUGAAGAAACAACUCUGAAUUGUAGUGCCACCAUCAAUCUUAAUUCUGAAGGAAUCAGACGAAGGCAAACAAGUGUUUUGUUGCCAGUCCUGGUAGCGGUUCUCAUUUUUGUGAUGCUCAUCAUCGUCCUGCUCUUCAUGAGGAAGCUGCAAAAAGCACACGGAGUCUGGAAGAGAGAAAAUGACACUUCAGAGCAGACACUGGAGAGUUACAAAUCCAGGUCUAAUGAAGACAAUCAAGCCCCUGAGAAGAAUGGACAAGUUGCCAAUCAGAAGCCUACUAUGCAAUACGUAACUGAAGGAUAUGCAGGAACAAUAACGUCGAAUUCAGAAGAAAGAUCUGUUUCAACAUUUGGGAAACGGCUGGCAUAUGGAAAAGAAACUGAUGUAUAG